AAUUCAUAACAAAACAACGAACGGGAGAAGCAAUUUUGAUUGGAAAUUUAAGUGAAGCCAACUUUUGUUCGUUGAAAGUGUUAACUACAUUGAAGCUGUGCAUUCGAUAUUAUGGUCAGUAAUAGUUGACUUCAACUUCAGCAGGCAAAUACAUAUGGACGACCGUUUGGAAAUCGAAAUCGACACUUUUGCUUGUCGUGUGUGCCUGGCCAGAAAUGUGGAAGUUGCAUCUUUGUUCACCACAUCAAUCAACACGAUCAUACUGUCGGAAAUGUAUCAAUCUGUCGUGCCGAUGAUCGAGAUCAAUGAUGCCUUGCCGCAUUCCAUAUGCACAAAUUGUAUAGCAAACCUUGUUGUGGCUUAUGAGUUUCAAUUGCAAUCCAUCAAGUCCGACACAGACAUUCGCAUCGCUUUGGGACUCGCACCGAAGGAUGUUGAUUUAACGGCGGAUCACAUUGGGAGUGAGGAUGUCACUGUAGAGGUAUUAUUAGAAGACGACCCGGAAGCAGAUGUUGAGUGUGCAGCAUCGCCGAAUAAUUUCACUUUAAUGGAGGACAAAGGUGAGAACGAAGAAAACGGCGAAUCGACUGGCCUGGACGAUGAUGAACCAGUAAGUUCACAGCUUGACAAACAGCAAUCACCAACGAUUGACUUGAAACUGACUGAAAAUGCGAUGAAUCAGAAGAAGACGAAAACCACGUCCGUUCAUCAGUGUUCGGAAUGUGAUAAGAGUUUCGACAAACUGUCGCGAUUACAACGCCAUGCUAAGAUUCACAACACAGAUGGAAAGCCGUACAGCUGUGCAAUAUGUUCGCAACGAUUUGCCAGUACAGCUAAUCUUCUGCGGCAUCAAAUCAAACACUCGGAAGAAUUGACACUGAAUACGACGACAAUCAACAAACCGAGCAGUUUUGAGUGCACCGAAUGUCAGAAAGUGUUCAGCAAACAGGAGUCGUUAGCGUCUCACAUGAAAAUGCACAAAUCCGAUCAGAAGGAAUACUUUUGCGAAUUUUGUCCGAAGAGCUUCACCAAAAUGAACAAACUAACGAGACAUACGAAGAUACACAGCGAUGAAAAGGCACACAAAUGCAAUAUUUGCGAAAAAACGUUUGCGCUGGGCGGACAACUCAUCGAUCACAUGAACAAACACAAAAAUCUAAAGCCUCACGUUUGUCCGCAUUGCAACAAGGGAUUCCAACAGUCGUGCACACUGAAGGAUCACAUCAGAAUUCAUACCAGAGAUACGCCCUACCUGUGCUCCGAAUGCGGUAAAGCAUUUAAUAAUGGCUCGAAUUUGCGACAACAUUUGCUCAGACACAGUGGACUCAAACCAUACGCUUGUCAGGAGUGUCCUAGUCGUUUCAGUUGCAAAGGUGGUCUCAAAUCCCACAUGUCCACCCAUUCAGGGGUCAAGCCUUAUUUUUGUGAAAUCUGUGGCGCCACUUUCACCAAAACAUAUUCCUUAGCGAAACACAAACGGAUCCAUUCUGGUGAUAAGCCGUACAAAUGCGAGAUGUGCGACAUGCGAUUCAACUCUUCCGAUCAUGUAAAACGACAUAUGAGAACACAUAGCGGCGAGAAACCGUACAAGUGCCAGUAUUGCGAUCGCGCUUUCGCCCAAAGUAACGAUCUGGUUAAACACACUCGAUCUCACGUCGGCAUCAACACAUAUAAAUGUCCACAAUGUCCGUUAGCAUUCCGGUUACACGGUGAAUUACGCAUGCAUCGGCAGCAACACUUCCUGGAAGGAAAAGGUAUGUUAGGAGGCGAUCAGUCGACACAGGAAGCGUUCGAUGCGAAAAAUGUAGAUUGUGGAUUGUCGCAACAACAGCAACUACAACAAUUGGCUACCGUGCCGGAACAUUUCGUUGUUUAGAAUAAGCUAACGCUAGGGACGGGUUAUCACAGGUGUAAUGCAAAACUAACUCAGUUGCGUUACAAAGACCUGAGCCGCAAAGGACGAAUUUCGUAUGAUUUGUAGUCAAAUGCACUCAGUUUUCCAUUUUAUAUAUCGGUGCUACGGAAGUAAACGUUUUCAUGGUUUCAUCACCAAACAGGUCGUCAACUUCAGGUUGAACCCAAAGUUGGACUGUUUAGAGCUUUAGUUUGAAUACGGUUACCGAUAUAUCCAAUGGAAAGUCAUAGCGGUUGACCACAAGCCAUAUUAAAUUCCAUUCAUUUCCUAAGUCUCUGUUUGACGACUGAGUUAAUUAGGUAUGACCUGAAUUAACCCAAAAUAACUCGCAGUAUGGCCAUGGUAAUGUCUUCUCGUCCUCCUCAUUAUUCGUAACAAUGUUUAAUCCACUGACAACCGAUUCAAAUUUCUAUAUUUCUAAAUUUGUGUCACUAGUUACGUCUCUAACUGACUAAUGUGUUGUAAAGUGGACGGAAGACACCAUAGAACAACUUGUAAGUUUAUGUCGGACAGAAGUUUUCAUUUUCGAUUUUCUUUUGGAUUAUGCAGCUACAGAGGAAAGUCAUGCCGCAUGACGAUUGGAUACGAUUGCUGUUUGUGAAACAAUUUUACGAAUAAACGAUAAUUGAAAACC